AUGAAAUUUCAAGAAAAAGAAAAUUUACUUAACAAUAGUAAUCUUGAUACUCUUUUAAAUGAGUUACCUAUAGAAGAUAGUUAUGCUGCUAUACUUACUUCUGUGAUAGUUAAUUUUUUUAAUAAUAUUAAUCAACAUAUUGCAACAGAUGAAAUAUUAACAAAUGAGCAAAUAAUUACUUUUGUUCAGAAUAAAGAACAUGAUAAUGCAAAUAAUAAUUCAGAAGAUUUGGAUAAAAAACCAUCUGAAAUAUCUAUACAAGAAGCUUAUAAUGCUUUAAAAACUUGGUUAUCUUUUUUUGAAAAGCAAUAA